AUGCAAGCUACUCAAGUUUUUGAAUAUAAUGUCGAGGAUUGUACAAAUAACUAUGAAGCAAAGGUUGAAUAUCUUGUUCCAUUGAAUACAGAUUGUCAUGAAUGGGUACAAGAGUUUGAUAAAAUAACUAACACAACUUAUGUUAGGCACAAAAUAGAAAAAGAUAUUGGAAAUAUCAUUUUGCAAACUACUUACAAAUGUCAUCAUUCAGGAACUUAUCAAACUAUAGCAGGUCAAAGCUAUUCUAAUAAAAAACCAAGACCCAAUCAAAAAGAAAGUUCAGAUAGUGAUAUUGAAACCUUGAAGCUCUCAAAAGAUGUUCAUGAUUAG